GUACAUCUUAAAAUGGCCGCUGUACGACAGUUUGGUCGUUCUCUUGCCGUUUUAAGGCGAGCUCGCUUUAUUUCUACUGUUACAGCACUCACAGAAGUUGAUAAGGAAAAUAAAGGAGCACUUCAAGAUGUACCUUUAGAUGAUUUUGGUGCGAUAGCUCCUGUAACUGGAUUUCCUGAGGAGCAUAGAGGUCGUAGAGUGAGGAUAUACGCUCAUUCGAGAAAUGCAAUGCAAUCGGGAACGCACGCUAGCCUGCACUGGAGGCUGGAUUUCGAUGUUCAGGAGCGUUGGGAGAAUCCUCUCAUUGGCUGGGCAUCGACAGCUGAUCCUGUAUCUAACGUUCACAUUGAAUUCGAGACAGUCGACGAAGCAGUUACAUUUGCCAAGAAAAACGGUUGGCUGUACGAAGUUGAUAAGAAACAAGAAGUGAAACCGAAAUGGAAAUCAUAUGGAGACAAUUUCUCAUGGAACAGAAAGACAAGAGUGACAACAAAGUGACAACACAUAGCACGUUGUGUAGCACAUUGUGUAGCAAGUUGUAAACAGCAGACAUUGUAUAGAAAAAAGGAAAAAUAAACAUGUAUGAAAUAUC